UUAAUGCUCACAAGGAGGUUAGUGCUGUGUUUAGGUCGUGGCCGCGAGCACGUCGAUUGGCCCCCCGAGUCCGGUGCGCGUUUGUAUGAAAGUGUUUUCGCUCUGUUCGAGUGCGUUUUUUACGUUAUCGUAUCCCGAAACAUCCGGACUCUGGAUACAAUUACCGCCGAACCAGUGACAAAAAAAAGAACACCAAUCAAGCAAAACAGGCCACCGCGAUGGAUGCCAACAACAAGACAUUGUCCACGGCCAAGAAGAGUCGGUUGCGGUAUACGAUCAGAGGGGGAUUCGAAUUCGACACCAUGGGCAAGACCAGAUACCACGAACUGCGCAAAUAUGUAAAAAAGGGCAACGACUUUUGCAAAGAACUGGGAAACAUCAUGCAAGAAAGAGUCGAAGUAGAAAUGUAUUAUGCGAAGAUACUGUCCAAGCUUUCGGCAAAACUGGUGAAAGUGGCUAAAAACGGAGUCGGUUCCGUCCAAAACGCUUGGCUGCAUAUCGGCAAGGAAAUGGAAGCCGACGGCCAGGUGCACCGGAGUUUUGCCAACACACUGGAAGAGGACAUCGUUAAACCCCUAAAGAAUUUACAAGACACUCAAUAUAAAAUUAAAAAGUCUGUCGAGGGCGAUGUCACCAAGACCAAGAAAAGUAUGAACGAAUGGAGAUCGGCCGAGCGGAAGAGUAAAAAACAAAGUUUUUCCGUAGCCAGAGAAAACGAAAAAAUGCAAGACACGGCGGCGGACGUUUCAUAUUCGAUUGUCACGAGCAACGCGAGUUUGAACAAAGACGCGACCAAGCUGGAAACGAAAAAACGGAAGCUAGAAGAAUCUGUCAAAAAGAGUUACACCGAAUACUACACUUAUUGUGUGCGGACGGCCAGGGCCAAGCUCGAUUGGGAAAUGUCGAUCAGCAACGGCGAAAAUAAUUUCAUGACGCUAGAAGAGGAACGGUUACUGAGACUGAAAGAGUACGCCCAUCACAUGCUUCAGUCCUACCAGAAGAUAGGGCCAAAAAUAUCUCAAAUAUCGAUGCGCCUCAGCGAACCGGUGAUGGAGUGCGACGUACCCAAAGAUUUCAGCAUCAUAGUUGACAGCGUCAACCGACACCAAGACGACCUCAGGCUUCAGGUUCUGCCGGACUUCUAUCCGGAGCACACGCAUCUGGCAAUGAACAAGAGGAGACGAAUAUCGGCACUAUCGAAGAUAAUGCAGCUAAUUAAUCAAGAUCUGGAAAGGGAACGGAGGAGCAAACAGGGUUUGGACACAUUGGCAAACGCCAUGCACCAUUCCGCGACUUUCAAACAGGAUGAUUCGUACAAAAACGUCAACGAGAAACUCCACCAUACGAACCUCAUGAUCUUAUACUUAGAAGCUACAAAGUACAAAGUGGUCUCGGCCCUAGACGUUUUGGAAGGUCGGCCACCUACCCUACCUAAUACCCUGGCACAGCACAUAGAAACGUCCAAAGACAAAAACGGAUACCAGCACUCCGUGUUAAAAAUGCCCUCGUCUGUUUGCCUAAAGGUAAUGUCUUCCUCACAACCAAAUACACACACCGAGCCUACGUGGUCGGACCGGGGUUCGGCUGACGGCACAGACAUCGAUGAUUUCUCGAGUGAUGAAGACGAUGAAGCUGACGUCGAAAACGUUCACAGCCAACGUUGUAAAGCUAUUUACCAAUACACAGCCAAACUCAACGACGAACUAAACUUAGAACCGGGCGACAUCAUAUACGUCCACAGCAAAAAGUCAGAUGGUUGGUGGCUGGGAGAGCUGAAGGGUACAACCGGCGUAUUUCCUGCCACUUAUGUUGUAGAAAUAGACUGAUCAUUUUAUUAACAUUCACAACGUUAAUCAUUUUUAAUAAUAAUAAAAAUAAUAAUUAAAUUUACCAAAGAUAAUACGAAUCUAACAAAUUUGACAUCAAUUUUAAAAUAUAAUAUGUACAGUUCGUUUAUUUUUAAUGUUAAAACACUUAAGAUAUAAUUAUUAAUUAUUAUAAAAAUAAAACUAUUUCGUAAUUUUGUUUUGUUCGAUAAGUUUUUAAUUUAAUUUGUUAAACGUUUACUACGUUUAAAACAUAUUAAACGAUGCCAUGAAUUAUGUUCUUAAACUAAUGUAUCUAUUUAUAUAUAUAUAAUUAAAAUAUUUUAUAUCAAUAGUAAUAAUAAUAAUAAUAAUAAUAAUACCACAUAGAGUCACAGUAUAAUAAUAAAAUAAUCGUGUAUGUAAAUAUAAAUAAAUAAUUUUUACCACAGAUAAUGCUCGCACGAGAGAGGGAUACCGAGAUCGGAUAGGUCCGAUUUAGUAACGUUGCGUUACAUUAUCAACUGAGUAAAACAUAUAAUUACAUUUUAAAAGGUUGUCCCUAUUGAAUCUCAAUAUGCGUUGCCUCGCUGUGAGCCGGCGACCGACAUAAUGGUGGAUCCGAUUCAGCCGUGCCGUGACGUCUUGGGACGGGAUGGCGCUCACGCUUGAUGGUGGACGGGAUGGCGAUGUGGUUGUACUUAGGUGUAUAAAAAAAAAAAAAGUAUUGCAACGCAGUCCGAUCACCACACC